AGCCCCGCCCCGCCCCGCGCUUCCGGGACUGCGCAGCGGCCACGUGUGUUCGGGACCCCUAGAGCCGCCGUAAUGAAGCCGAGAAAAAAUAAAAAACGAGUUCCAAGCUUUCGCAAGUUGCUGAAAACUAGUAAAGUAAAACUUGACAACAAGUUAAAGAAUAAACAGUUUAAGCAGCAGAGCAUUGCUAAGAAAUAUCGAAAAGAGCAAAGAAAACUUAGGCAAGCUGUCAAAGAUGUUACAUCCAGAACAUCUGUUCCAUUGGAAGAAAACAAGAAAAAACAUGCAGCUGAAAGAGAGGAGGAAGAGGAAGCUCUUCCACUGGAUAUGAUGGAUGAAGAUGAUCUGAAAUUAAUGGAAGAUUUAGCUCAAAAAGCAUCAUUUGUAACAAGAGACCUUUCUUCUAGUGAACCUGUUCAUGCUAAGAAACGAAAACAGGAAAGCGUGAUUGACAGAUAUGAGAAAAUGCCAAGGCGCAUGCAGACUGAGCCAGAAAAAGAACUUAUUCACCUGCUUCCUAUCAAAGACAAAAGUGGCAUUAUUCCACAAACAAUGGAAAAGCCAGUCAUCAGUGUUGCUCAGAAUGAAGAGGAGGAAGACACAGAAGAAAUGGAGGUGGUAGAAGAAUCUAGUGAAGAACCCCAGCCUGUGCUCACUACAGAUGAACUGCUAAUUCAAAGGAGGAGGAAGCUGCAGGAGAAGAAGAUACACAUUGCAGCCUUAGCAGCUGCCAUUCUGUCUGACCCAGAAAACAGCAUAAAGAAGCUGAAAGAGUUGCGUGCCAUGCUAAUGGAACAAGACCCCAAUGUGGCUGUGAUUGUUCGGAAGCUGGUGAUGGUUUCUCUGAUGGAAAUAUUCAAAGAUAUUACUCCUUCUUACAAAAUUCGGCCUCUGACUGAAGCAGAAAAACAUACCAAGGUUAGAAAAGAAACUCAGAAACUAAGAGAGUUUGAAGAAGGCCUUGUGAGCCAGUACAAGUUUUACUUGGAAAAUCUGGAACAAACAGUUAAAGACUGGAAGCAAAGGAAGCUGAAGAAAAGUAACGUGAUCUCAUUAAAAGCAUAUAAAGGUCUGGCAGAGAUUGCAGUCAAGUGUCUGUGUGAGCUUCUUGUGGUGCUGCCUCACUUCAAUUUCCACAAUAACAUCAUUGUCCUGAUUGUACCUCUCAUGAAUGACACAUCAAAAUUGAUUUCUGAAAUGUGCUGUGAAGCUGUAAAGAAGCUCUUUAAACAAGACAAACUAGGCUCUGUUUCUCUGGGUGUCGUUAAGGUGAUUUCUGGCCUUGUAAAGAGCAGAAAUUAUGAUGUUAGACCUGAGGUGCUAAAAAUAUUCCUUCAUCUAAGAAUUAAAGAAGUAGAAGUAAAAAAAGACACAGAAGACAUUACUGCAAAGAAAAAGUUCAUGUCCUCUAAGGAGAGAAGGAAAAAUCUUUCAAGGAUGCAAAGAAAGUGGAAGAAAGCAGAAGAGAAGCUGGAACGAGAACUCCUGGAAGCAGAAGCCUCAGAGAGUAAAGAAAAAAAACUGAAACUGCACACAGAGACUCUGAAUAUUGUAUUUUUAACUUACUUCAGAAUACUGAAGAAAAUACAGAAAUCCCCUCUUUUGCCUGCAGUACUGGAAGGUCUUGCAAAGUUUGCCCAUCUCAUAAAUGUAGAAUUUUUUGAUGACCUAUUGGUUGUUCUACAUUCUCUCAUUGCAUCUGGGGAUCUCAGCUAUCGGGAGAGCCUUCAUUGCGUUCUCACUGCUUUUCAUAUUCUGUCUGGCCAAGGUGAUGUUCUUAACAUUGACCCUUCGAAGUUCUACAGUCACCUUUACAGGACACUAUUUAGGCUACAUGCAGGUGCUACAAAUGAUGACAUGGUGAUAGUGCUUCAAUGCCUGGAUGUAAUGCUUACCAAACGUAGGAAACAGGUUUCUCAGCAACGAGCCCUUGCUUUCAUAAAGCGACUUUCCACACUUGCUCUCCAUGUCCUUCCAAAUUCCAGUGUUGGGAUCUUGGCAACCAACAGAAUAUUGAUGCAAACAUUCCCAAAAACAGACCUCCUGCUAGACAAUGAGGCUCAAGGUAGUGGACUUUAUCUCCCAGAACUGGAUGAGCCAGAGUGUUGCAAUGCUCAGAACACAGCUCUGUGGGAAUUACAUGCGCUACGGAGACACUAUCAUCCGACAGUACAGAAAUUUGCAGAUCACCUUAUUGCUGGAGCUCCAGCUGAAGGUUCAGAAGCUCUCAGACCAGAUCUGAGCCGAAGAUCUGGCACAGAACUUUUUGAGACAUAUAAUAUGAAAGGAAUGACUUUUAAUCCUCCUGUAGCAUCAGUUACACCUAGAAAAAAGGAUAAAUUUUUACAAGGGGAUUCAUUUCUAAAUGAAGAUUUAAAGGAAUUGAUUCAGACACAUCUCAGUGAGGCUGCUGUUCACAGACCCUUGGAUUUUGCUAAACACUUCAAGGAAUCCUCCCUAUCAUAAGUGAUCCUGACCUCAGCGUUGCGUUUCAUCUGAAAGACAGCAUCUCCAACAGCAAACUACACCCUACACCAGUCUGCAGGUUUGGUUCAGCACUGAUUCAAGAAGAGCACCAACUACAGUCACCAAAGAACCCUGUUUUCCUUCUAAGUACUGACCAAGUCCAGCUCUCCCUUUGCCAUACUACCUUGGGCUGUGAGUUAAACAAUGAGGAAUUCUUAUAAUGAACUUUGCAAUUGUCAUUAAAACCACUAGAGGAGCUGUGACAUUGAAUAUACACAAAACCAAAAAGAAACAUAGGACAUGAUAAAAUACUGAAGUAAUGAUUUGUUAUGAGAACCUUAUAUCACGUGGACUUUGAUUUAUCAUUAAAUAAUUAACCAUAUACAGCUCCUUCUUGUAAUAAAAUGUAGAUUCCUGUAAUUUUAGCUAAUUAUUUUUUGUCAUUGAUUAAUUCAAACUGCAGGACUGCAAAAAGAAGACUAAAUUUUAUAUAUAUUUUUGUUACUGAAUUGCAUUUCAUAUAUUAAAAAUAAUUACCUAAAGAUCAAGAUUUGGAAAGCUUCACUAAUAUCGUAGCUGUUCAAUUAAUUCCUUAGCAAAAAGAUUUACAAAAUAAUCUCUUACCCUUUAAAGUGGUAAAAAAUAUAUUUGUUAAUGCAUCCAUUUUAUUAAAUGUAAUGAUUCCAAAUAAAAGUAGGAAGGUCAGAUACUGCCCAGCACAUAGCUGAUUACUAUGGAUUCUUGUGACCUUCUAUAUAGGGCAAGUGGACAUACUUACUUGAUGAAGAAGCUGUGCUGCUGUAGUCCCUUCACUUAUAGUAAAAACAGUAAAGGGUUCAGGGCCUGGAAUUCCAUGUAUUGUGACCUUGUACAACGUUGAAGUUCUCUUCUCUUCUGUGCUAAACAACUGUUCAAACGACAGUUAAUAUUUUUUCAGAU